GGAGACGCGGCCACGCGAUUCGAUGCCGUGCUCAUGGACUACCAGGUAGGCUUGAUCGAUGGCCCUCUCAUGCUCAUGGACGAGCGACGGGAACAAGUGCCUGGACGAGGGCGUGGAUGCGUACUCACCGCUUCCCAUCCCCCUCUCGCUUCUGACCCUCCCAACUUACGAACGACCCCCCUCUUCCCCGUUUCCUCACUGCAUAUGCCGGUGCUGGAUGGUCACAGGGCGACAGCAGCCAUCAGGGCAGCAGAGGCAGGCACACGGUUCCACACGCCCAUAGUGGCGCUCACAGCGCACGCCAUGACCAGCGACGACUCACAAGCAGGGCGCUCACAUCCUCCCUUUCACCACUCCCAUGCUUUUCCGUGUUCCCUCUUCCCCCUGCCCUCACUCCAGAUGCCUGUGUUGGACGGGUACGGGGCCACGGCAGCUAUAAGAGCAGCAGAGAGCGGAACGCGGUUCCACACACCCAUAGUGGCGCUCACAGCCCACGCCAUGACAAGCGACGAGAAGAAGUGUUUGGAUGCGGGCAUGGACGCGUACCUCACCAAGCCCAUUGACCCGGCCCUCAUGGCGCACACGCUUCUCUCUCUUAUGACUCGCUACCCGCGCUGCUGCGUUCCUCACAUUGAGAGCAUUGCGGAGGGUGAGGAGGGGAGUGUAGCAGUUGACGUUGCAGGUACAGCUGACGCCUCUGCUGCUGGGGGAGGGGUAGGCGCAUUUGGUUCUGCUCCGGGGGAGCGACCGGUGUCUCCUGUUGCGGCUCUUGUGGUGACCAUGCAGCCGUGA